AAAGAAAAAAUCAUAACAAUGACCUCUCUAUUCUCUAAACCUAGAGCUCUCACUUCUCAAAUCACCGACUUUAAAACUUACCGCCCGGUGAUCGGAAAACUCCACGUGGCCACUUUGACGCUUCUUCUCUUCCUUAUCGCCGCCGGUAUUGCCGUCACUUCCUCUCUAUGGCUUAACAAGACGACGAAAGCAUUUGAUCGACCGACAUUAGUAGCUACAAAACCGGAGCUAGAACCACCGCAGAAAACCGAAGUAUUGGUUAAUUGCACAAGUUUCUUGAAUCAAAACCGGUCCGGUUCUUGCUCAAGAACACCUCUAUGGCUUAACAAGACAAAACCUUAUAAUCAACCGACGAUAAAACCGGUCCCGGUACGCGUACCAGAGAAGAAAUCACAGCAGAAUACCGGAAUCUCGUUAGAUUGCACAAGUUUCUUGAAUCAAAACCGGUCCGGUUCAUGCUCUAGAACACCUCAACCAAAUAAUAAUCAAAACCAAACCGAAUCGAACCGGUCUUGUCCUGAUUACUUCAAGUGGAUUCACGAGGAUCUAAAACCAUGGAGAGAAACAGGGAUAACAAAAGAAAUGGUGGAAAGAGGGAAAACAACAGCGCAUUUCAGGUUAGUUAUUGUAAACGGCAAGGUGUUCGUGGAAAACUACAAGAAGUCUAUACAGACUAGAGAUGCGUUCACACUAUGGGGGAUUCUUCAGCUGCUGAGAAAGUAUCCAGGGAAGUUACCUGACGUGGAUCUCAUGUUUGACUGCGAUGAUCGACCAGUCAUUAGAUCGGACGGUUAUAAUAGAUCUAAUCGUACGGCUGAAGAUGUACCACCUCCGUUAUUUAGGUAUUGCGGUGAUAGAUGGACGGUGGAUAUUGUCUUUCCCGAUUGGUCAUUCUGGGGAUGGCAGGAGAUAAACAUUAAGGAAUGGAGCGAAGUGUUGAAAGAAAUGGAAGAAGGAAAGAAGAAGAAGAAAUUUAUGGAAAGAGAGGCUUAUGCAUAUUGGAAAGGGAACCCUUUUGUUGCAUCUCCUUCAAGAGAAGAUCUUCUCACUUGCAAUUUAUCCUCACUACAUGAUUGGAAUGCUAGAAUUUUUAUUCAGGAUUGGAUAUCAGAAGGACAAAGAGGAUUUGAGAAUUCAAAUGUAGCAAAUCAAUGCACUCACAGGUACAAGAUAUAUAUAGAAGGGUAUGCGUGGUCAGUGAGUGAGAAAUACAUAUUAGCAUGUGACUCUGUCACGUUGAUGGUGAAACCUUAUUACUAUGAUUUCUUCUCAAGAACUCUUCAACCUCUCCAACACUAUUGGCCCAUUAGGGAUAAAGAUAAAUGUAGAUCCAUCAAAUUUGCUGUUGAUUGGCUUAAUAAUCACACUCAAAAGGCUCAAGAGAUAGGAAGAGAAGCAAGUGAGUUCAUGCAAAGAGAUCUAUCAAUGGAAAAUGUUUAUGAUUAUAUGUUCCAUUUGUUGAAUGAAUACUCCAAGCUUCUCAAGUACAAGCCUCAAGUUCCCAAGAAUAGUGUUGAGCUAUGCACAGAAGCAAUGGUGUGCCCUUCUGAAGAUGUUAAUGGGGUUAAUAAAAGGUUUAUGAUGGGCUCUUUAGUUAGUAGGCCUCAUGUUUCUAGCCCAUGUUCACUUCCUCCUCCUUUUGAUUCCAAUGGUCUUGAGAAGUUCCAUAGGAAGAAACUGAAUCUCAUCCGGCAAGUGGAGAAAUGGGAAGACUCUUACUGGCAAAAUGUUUAAUAAAAUGAUAUAUCCAGAUUUAUGUAUAAUCCAUAUUUGGUUGGAAAUUUUGAUUUUACCUUUUAUUUAUUGGAUAACGUUAGAUUAACUAGAAAUUUGAGAUAAAUCUCAUUCUUAUGU